AGCCCAGAGUGAGAAGCCUCCACACAAGCCCUGCUUCCCAGAUGCCAGUCCUCCAGGCUCCACGUAGCUAGCAGCUCUUUUACUUUCCAGUGUCACAGAUCCUUUUUAAAUAAUAGUUAAAACACUCUGUGUAAUAGUAGCUGACAGUUGUUUUUGUUUUAUUUUGAAUGUUUGUGGCAAAAUAAAAAGUUGGCAGUUCUACUUCACCCCCCCCCCCCUUCACUCUCCCUUUCUCACACAUGCAAAUGAGCUUACCUAGUAGGAAGAAUUCACUGGCCACUAAAUUCCAAACUAAACUGCUGGCCUGGUCAGCUGAGGUGGGAGAGGCAGCCAUGUGGGAUUCUGGUCCUUGCCCCAGGGCUGACUGACUGUGGGAUCCUGGACCAGUGGUGGGUCUUUCUCUCCUGCUCUGUUUCAACACUACAAAAGGAUGUACAAAUCCCCUGUCAUAUUAACAGGUCUAUGGUCCUUCGAGUCUGGCCUAGAUCAAUGCACCCCACAAGUUGUAUAUCUGUGGGGCGCAGUCAUCCAGGCCCAGUGCUAAGAGCUGUUCCGAAGGUCCUUUUCACUGUUACCAAGAGCCUGCGAGUUCCUGUCUGUUUUCAUCCCUGAAUCACCCCCAUUGGCCUAAGCUGGUCAUGGGGCGUCCAGUCUGCUGAAGAAGUCUGUGAGGCUGUAAAGUUUAUCCAGGCAAGGAAAUCACCAUUUCCCGAGCCUCACAUAUGUGCUACCGUUUGUGCAGGCAUCAUCUCCUUCCCUGUGUUCCACUUGAGAAGCCUUCACUUUUCCCUUGAACAGGUGAUGCUGACUUUGGAGGACAAGGACAUGAAGGGGUUCACGUGGGCCAUAGCCCCAGCCUUGACCUCCCUGGGCUACCUGCUUAUACUGCUGGUCUCCAUCUUUCCCUUCUGGGUGCGGCUUGUAAGCGAGGAGUCCCACGAAGUGUUUUUCAGUGGCCUGUUUGAGAACUGUUUCCAUAUCAAAUGCUGGAAGCCUCGACCCUUAUCAGGCUCUGCGGGGCUCUGUCCCUUGUCACGGGUCAGGUGUCCAGCUGCAGCCCAGCCUCCCCUCCCCCACAGUGUACAUCAUUCUCGGCCGCGUUUUCCUGCUGUCCGCGGUUGUCCUGUCUUUCCUCACCACCUUCAUCCUGGUGUCCUUUGCAUCUCAGCUGUUUCCGAGGACCCGGAAGCACAAUUUGGUGUCAGCCUUCAUCAGCUUCCUCACAGGCUGGCCAAGGCCCUACCCUGGGAGGCUCCCAUCACAUGGAGGAGGUGGAACGCUCACAGUGGGAAAAUCAGGUUGAAUUGCACCCAAAGCAUCACACCCAGAGGGCCCCGUCUGGAGUCAGCCAAUGGCACAGGCACAGAGGGGGCCAGUGCCUUCCUGGCCUUGUUGCUGCAUGCCCUGGAGAUCCAGAAUCUGAGGAUGAAGCCCAGCCCCCCCAAGUUCUCGGUGCAGUGGCCUUACUACGUUCUGGGCUUUGCCAUCCUUCUGUUCAUAGUGGCUGGUGCCAUCUGCCUCUUUCAAGAAGCAGCCUGCCUUCGCUGCCGUUUGUUGCCCAAUUCCCAGAGUAUCCAGGAGACCCAAGGGGUCAUACACCUGGAGAAUAUGGAGAGUCUGGGAGGAGACCUGAGCUCAAUACAAAAGGAGACACUGCUGAAGGAAGAAACAAUUAUCUAGUCCAAGAGAGCGUCCUCCGCCAUCGGCAGCUGUGUGAGUGCGUGUGUGGAGGCAUAAGCGGCAGCCAGUUUCUGCUGCUUUUGGUGAGCUUCCUGAGUGUCAGAUCCAUGUUUCACUUCCCCACACUCACAGUGAUUCUGUCUUGCUUGUAUUUGCAAUUCGUUAAAAAAAUUUUUUGAAUUUU